AUGACGUCCAAAAAAUCGAGAGGGUUCCUCGGUCGCCUGACAACCAAGCUCCGAUCCAACGCACCCUCCCCCAUUAUCCCGCCUCCCCCCGGACUCGGCAGCGCCGCCGCGGGGGCCGGCAACCUUCGCUCACCCAUUUCUAUUUCCUCGCCCCGCUCACCUCGACGCACGUCACACGACUCUGCCCCUCGCCGCGGUGCGUCCGUCCAGCGGCGCGGCACGCGUGGGGUGGGUGCGGGACCACCGCUCCCGAACUCACUUGCGUCCAAAUCGAAGCGGGAAGAGGCGCUGCGCGCGCGCGGACUGCUUCCGCCUGCGCGAGUGAGGUAUCUGUCAGAGUUAGAGGCGGAGGAGGAUAGGCGGUUGGGCGUCGUGCAGGAGAGGGAGGACACACCGAGCUCAGAUGACGGGCCGUCAAAGGCGCGAGAGCUCGUAGAGAUGUGGAGGGCGGGUAACUCCGCGAUAUCGCUACAUGGGGACAAAGCGGUCAACGAUAACCAAGAACAGGAGAAGGGCAAGGAGAGGCUGUCGAUUGAACGACAGAGUCUGGAGACGUCGGGUGCUGGCAAGAAGACCGAUGAGGAACAGGGACAGAGGGGCCCAGGACAGCCCUUUGACAAUCCGGUUUCAGGCUUUGAUGUCCACAACAAUGUUGCGUUUCUCGCGCCUCAAGACUCGCCACUUAGCUUUGGUCAGGCAUAUGCCUCCAUCCCCGAGCCAGACUCCCCUGCCUUGCUCGCACUUGCGCCACCGCCACCGCCCAAGAAAACUCCUCCGCGCCACCCCCUCGGGCCACGACCCUCUCCACCUUCAUCGCCCCGCGGUUCCCUCUCCCUCCCGCGCUCCCGCACCUCGCUCGACGACGCACUGGGUCUUACGCAGACGCAGCCAUUAUCCCUCCACAGUCGCACGCCGACCGCAGACACCGCGAGCACGGAGAAAGUCACACAAUGGCUGCGAACGUCGACAUCGACUCCGCCGCCUAUGUCCAUGUCUGCAGGGACCCUGGCCGCACCCCGCACGCCCAUGUCCACAUCCGCGUCCUCACAGCGCACAGCAACGCCGGCGGGCGCACACAGACGCGCUUCGGGAGAAAGCUCCCGCGGCACGCCAGGCUCGCCUUCUCGCUCUCUCUUCGCCGUGCAGCAAUCCGCCCCUCGCUCCCCCGCGACGUCGGCGCGCACCCUCGAGCAUGCAACGCCACCGCCGUCCCCUCCCAUGCCCCGCUCGCCCGGCAUCGCGUCGCUCCGCGCUUCACCGCGCGCUCGCGCGUCGAUGCUCCCCCCACCAACGGGGCCCUUACCCCUCCCUCCCUCUCCCUUAGAUAAACUAUCGACACACUCCGAGUCUCUCCUCCCUCCCCUCCCUACCCCUCCGAGUCCGACCGCACGUGCGCGCCCCGCGGCCUUGCACCCCUCCAACAGCAUGCGCAGCGGUACGACGGCGACGACGACCUCGAGCCCGUCCAGCCCAACCAUCCCGUCCCUCCUCGACUCCGUCUCCUCGCACAUCUCGCAGAGCACGAGCGCGUCGGGCUCCAGCAUCCCGGUCACGCCGUCCUUACCGUCUCUCCCUGCACCCAGCGGCGCAAAGGGCGUCCAUCAGGCCGGCAAGCCGCCGAUGAUCGUCGAGGAGGGCAGCGGCCCACGCACGUCACGCUCAUCACACAGUCACAGUCACAGCGAAGAGUUCGGUGUGCUCCCGCAGGGGGCACAGCCGCUGCCUAUCCCGCGCGUGUCGUUCACGGCGGCGUCAGCGGAGCGCCCGAAGUCCGCGGGUCUGUUUGGGCGAAAAAAGGAGCGCUCGCAGACGCUGGGCGGGGCGGGGAUGGUGCCGCCUGCGAUCGGGAAGCCGCUGUCGCUGUCGAAUCUGCGGCGGACGGUGAGCGGGGCGAUACGCUCGCGCGGGGCGCAGACGCUGGUGCCUCCGGUGCCGGUGAACAUGGCGUCGUUGCCUCUCGGUGUCGGAGUGGGGGCGAGGGCACGCACGCCGGUCGCGCCGACGAUUCAUAGUCCGGGGACGAUCUUGCUGGAGACGAGGGGGAUCGAGGACGAGGAGAGUCGGCGGCUGAGCGAGAUGGCGUUUUUGGACUAGGGAGUGGGCGGGUGCUUUUCCUUCAUCGCUUUGUUCUCAUUUCUCCGUUUGCUCUUCGAUCGCGUUCUGUUCGCUAUGUCCUUUCAGUUCGUCGAUUUUGUUCGUUCCAUUGUGUGUUGAGCUACGCGUGCGUUUAUAAAGGUUCGAGUUGUACCUCGUUUUUGGAAGAGUUCGUUGUUUCAGUAUACCUCGCAUCUAUAUGCGUUUCGCCACACUCUUUUUUAAUCAAUUUUGUCGUAUCCUGUCCCUCUGUUCGCGUUCGCAUUCACUUCCUAUCUCACGCUGCCCUCAGCGGCCUCGUCCACUCUUUUCUCGCUGUGUAUGCUUCGAUGUACAUGCAUACCCCACCUGUGUCGCUUUUGUAGAUCUAUUAUCUAUAUCCAUGUCUCCGUCCUUCUCUCUAUCUCCUUGCAUAGCGUAAAGGUACUCUGAUAAUUUCACAUACCUUGUUUUUACUGCUCUGCCAUCCUUCCUUUCGAAAUCGACCAACCCGCACAAAAGGAUAUGUUAUAUAUUAUAAUAAACAUGGUGAUAAAUC